GUUCAUUAGUUUCCUCAUCCUCGUUAUAAAAUAUCACAACUUAAGUAGUAGUUAAAAAAGAUAUAUAUGUAGUUUGAAAUUUGAAACAAGAAAAAAAAUGGGAUCAAAGGCAUUUUUGCUAAUUGUUUUGGCUAUUUUACUUGUGAUAACAUCAAAGGCUGCAGCUAGGGAGUUGUCUGAAUCAAAGGCAUCCGAUACACCAAAUGACGGCCCCAGAUUAAUAGGAGGUGUACAACCAGGAUAUGGAGGAGGUGUACAACCAGGAUACGGAGGAGGAGGAUAUGGUGGAUAUCGUGAUGGUGGAUACCCUGGUGGCGGAUAUGGUGGAUAUAUUGGUGGCGGAUACCCUAGUGGCGGAUAUGGUGGAUACCGUGGUGGUGGGCGAGGAUAUUAUGGAGGCUAUCCAAGAGGAGGAUAUGGUGGAUUUUAUCCUGGUGGUGGUUAUGGCGGAGGAGGAUAUCUUGGAGGUGGUUGGUAUGGAGGAUUGCCUCGCAACUAAUUAAUUAUUUACGUACUAAGCAAUAUAUAUGAAGAAUAUAUAUGAACACUAAUUAGCCAAGUGCGAACUAUAGUCUAUAUAUGGUUCUUUAUAUAUUUAUGCUUUAUGUUUUAGCAAUAGUUUUAUUGUUGUUCGUAUAUGAAUAAAUGUAUCAUAAAUCUCCAUUCACAUAAUACUAUGGAUGGAUGGUCAUGUCUUUCUUUUUCUUUAUAUAAACGUACGAAAACGAGCUUAUAUACAUCUCUUUCCUUUUA